GAAGUACUAUUAAUACACUAUGUGUGUGUGUGUAAGUACUCUUUUGUUUGUCCUGUCUAUUUCUGUUGUGUUUUCUCUCUCUUUGAUUGGUUACUGUUGGAGACUCACAGUCACAACUCACAACAUAACAUAAACAUUAGCCCAAAAUUCAACCAAACUCUCUCUCUCUCUCUCUUUCUUUUUUGAUGAGUGUGUUAUCUGCUUGACUUCUUUCCCACCAUCUCCUUCCCCCUAUAAUUGUACUCUCUCUCUCUCUCUGUCUUUCCUUUCUUAUAACCACUUUCAGUGUUUUGAUAAAACUACACAAAGCCCACAAAGCCUUUUUGGUCUUCUCCUACUCAAAACACUCUCUCAACUACAAUUUCCACUUACCAUGGAGAGAAUUAGCUAACGAUUAGCCGUUGAUCUUCGGUUCUUGUUGUGAUUACUCAACUACUAACCGAGCUUAAACAUGUUAACACCAGACAUCAACUUAGAAUGUGAAAAUGAUUCAGAUGUGAGCAGCCAAGUAGCUUCUAACGCGGCUUUUCAUGACUCGUCCCCUAAUGUGUCAAAGGACAGCACCGCUGCCUCGUCCUGUCUUACCAAUAUUGCUAAACUUCAAGAAGACUCGAGGCCUGUUUCCCUCGAUUUAUCGCUGCAGUUCAGCUCCAACAACACUAGUACUGAUGUUGAGUUGAUAAAAGGAGGGAGGGGUGAGAGUAGUAGCAACGAUGUUGCUACUACUCACACUUCAGUAACAACAAUUCCAAGAGUUUUCUCUUGUAAUUACUGCAGGCGCAAGUUUUACAGCUCACAAGCGCUCGGGGGGCAUCAAAAUGCUCACAAGAGGGAGAGGACAAUGGCUAAAAGAGCAAUGAGGAUGGGAAUUUUCUCUGGCAGGUACACUAGCUUAGCAUCUUUACCACUUCAUGGUUCUGCUUUUCGAUCACUAGGAGUUGAAGCUCAUUCGGCUGUGCACCAAAGAGUUAUGCCAUCUUCUGAGAGGAUCCCCGAAAUUGCAAGAGGUGGAGCUAAGUUUCAACAAGGUUACUAUGGAAUGCCAAUGUUCAUGGAAGACGACGAGGUUGAUCUGUUUUGGCCUGGAAGUUUUCGACAGGUAGAUGAGGGCGUCGGGAGCAGUUUGGAAGUUCAAUUCGGCCAAAAUUCCAAUAACAAUAUCGCGACAAAGCUGCCACGAGCAAGAACACCACCGAGAACAGAUUCAACCUCGCCUGAUCUUACUCUAAAGCUCUAAGAUUAGAUGAUAUUUUUAAGAGUUUAAUUUUAGAAAGUGUUGCCAGUUAUGAUGUAAACUUUGUACAGUGAGAUUGCAUUUGUAAGGAAAGGCUGCAUUUUCCUUUUUACUUAGUAUCUGUUGUACUUUUUCUGAUUCAUUAGCUUAUGUUCUUCCCUAUUAUUAUAUGUAUAAGAAGUUUUGAAAUUGAUUAUUAUUAAGGAUUGUGAUAAUGUUCCAA